AUGGCAGACACAGACGACCUCUCCCAAGAAGAACUCCUCUGCUUCAAACCCGCCCAUGAGAUCUACGAUACCUACUGCCAAGCCGGCCGCGACUAUGAUUUGGUCGUCGCUGUGACGAAAGUCAUCAUCGUCAUGCUCCUCCUUGUCGUGAUAGGGAUUUUUCUUUGGGUCAACGCGAAGGGUUGGGAUCUCCCCCAGAAGAGGCGUGGAAAUGAUGUUGAAGGCCAGGCAUACAGCGACAGAGAUGCCAAUACUGAAGCCAAAAAGGGGCAUGGAAAUGGGAAGGAUAUUCGAUCGAAAACGGAUACCGUUGAUGGGUUUGUGGAGACAAUCCACAAGUUGGCGGUGGAGGGGAAGAUACCCUGGGAGGCAUAUGAGGUCGUGAAAAGGGUUCGAGAGGAGCAGGCACGGGGUGCCACGAAAGAGGCUAAUGGUGGUGGGUUUAAGGAAAUCUUGACCAUUACGGCGGAAAUAGCACGGCGAGAAGUGAAGGACAAGGACAACAAGGCAUAA